AUGAAUAGUAUUUAUUUACAAUAUCAUGACCUCCUAGAGAUUCGCACCAUACGAUCAUUGGUACUGUCCAAUUGCAAGAGGAUUGGCUCUGAUGGAAUACUGCCAUUGAAGAACCUACCAAAACUACUAUCAUUGGACCUAUCAUCGACCAACAUUGAUAACGAUGCUCUGUCUGUGAUCAAAGAGAUGCCACGUAUUGAGAUAUUGAACAUUAGUGGAGUGCGCAACAUCUCUGAUCAAGGACUAGUGCACCUUUCGGCAUGCACCACACUCACCAAGCUCAUUGCCAAGUCCACUCCAUUCACCGAUGACUCACUGGUCUUCACCUCCAACUAUAUUAAGAACCUGAACAAGCGUGCAGGAUUCCUAUCUCUUCACACUCUGAUCCUGUCAGACACGUUGGUCACUGAUCAGUGUCUUCCAUAUUGUCUGGAUCUACCCACGGUUGCUCACAUUGACUUCUCCAACACACAAUGUACUGCAUCAGCACUGGAACGUCUAUGCAACCAAUUCAAACUACAACAAGGUGUUCAGGAAUCAACUCACAAGUCACUAAAGAUUAAUAUUCAAAGACAGAACCAAUCAUUAAGAGAGCCAGAUCUUGUCAUUGGCAAUAAUCAACGAUGGCCCAUUGAUCGUAUCAAACAAUACCUACAUAGCUUGAACGUUCCCACUCUAGAGAACCAUUCUCUACUCAACACUUCCAAUAUAUCCACUGACGAUGAAUCAAACUCUAGCUUUGAAAUAGACUCUAGCCUUUAUCUGCCACCUCAAGUUGACGACUCAUCAAGGCCCUCAAACGGAAUACUUGGUAUUAACUUGUUUAAGGAUCCAUUCUCAACUUCACCAACAAAACGUUCACCUGGAAUGGUUGGCUGGAUGCACCUAUCUCUAGCAUCAUCGCCAUCAUCCUCUUCUUUGUCUGCACCACCCACUCCAUCAAUUAACUCCCCAACCAAGAACACUCAAAAAGCCAAUGACACCAACCUAUUCAUCACUCCAAUCAAGAGAGAACCAACCAAACAUCAACAACAACAACAACAACAAAAGACGCCUCUAAAUAAUUACCUUUAUCAACUACUUCGCUCACCAAAGAGGACGCCAAACAUUGCAUCACCAAUAAUAUCACCAAAGUCCAAUAAGAAACGAUUCCAAUAUGGACAAUACGAACUACUCUCUCCAACAAAGACCAAUGCUGGCCGCUCCUAUCCCACCUCUCCAGCCAAGAUGUCUGAUGGUCGCUCAACCAAACGAUCAAAGCAACACCAAACAAUUGACGACCAAGACAAUGUAGUAAAGAAAUUGUUUGUAGAGUGUUGA